AUGGCGUCUCAAGGAACAGGCUACGACCUCUCCUCCUCCACCUACUCACCAGACGGCCGCAUCUUUCAGAUCGAGUACGCAACCAAAGCGGUCGACGGAGCGGGCACGGCGAUCGGCAUCAAGUGCAAGGAUGGCGUACUGCUGGCAGUGGAAAAGCUGGUCAGCACCAAGUUGCUCGUUCCCAGCGCCAAGGGUGCCAGCUUGAACAGGCGCAUCGCAGCCGUGGACAGGCACGCCGGUCUCGUGAGUGCAUGCGAGCUCGGGUGCGGGGUGCGGGGUGCAGUGUGCAUGCAAAGGGGGAACAGAUUGCUGACUGUGCUUGCGACCUCUUGGACAGACCACCGCGGGUCUGUCUGCUGAUGGCAAGCAUCUCUCCAACCGAGCGCGCGACGAGUGCCUCAAUUUUCGCGACACGUUUCGCCAAGCGUCGCCCCUGCACGUGUUAGCCGAACGUCUAUCUCUCUACACGCAGGCAUACACCCUCUACUCUUCCGUUCGCCCAUUCGGUAUCAGCACCAUUCUGGGCGGUGUCGACGAGGAUGGUCCCAAGCUGUACCUGGUCGAGCCUAGCGGCACUUUCUGGGGAUACAAGGCUUGUGCGGUGGGCAAGGGCAAGCAGUUGGCAAAGACGGAAUUGGAAAAGUUGGACUUGGCGACAUUGUCGACGGAAGAUGCGGUGCAAAAGGCCGCGGAUAUGUGAGUGGAAGUAAAGAGCGUGCGAGGUGCGUGCUCUGACGCACGCAUACAUGCUUUCCUCGCAGUAUCUACAAGGUCCACGCGGAGAAUAAGGACAAGGAUUUCGAAUUGGAGAUUAGCUGGAUCGGACCCAAGAGCGGAGGCGUCUUUCAACCUGUCCCUGCUGAGAUCGUCGCUGUGAGUCGGCGCGGAAGGGGGAAAACACUCUGUCCAGCUCCGUUAUUGUGCUUCCCUGACAAUCUCGCACCCCCGCGCACCUCUCAUAGGAAGCAGCGCAAAAGGCAAAGGAGGCGUUGGACGACGAGAUGGAGGACUAG